UGCAACUUGCAGUCACCUCACUCACUUGGGACAAAGAGGUUUUCCAUGUAGAACAGCAGAUCUCCUUUAUUUCAUUAAAGUGAAGGACUAAGCGUGGGCUGUUUCUUAAGGAUUUUUCAAAAUGGCAAACAAAAUUCUAGAUCAAGCUCUACCCCCUCCGUUAAUGCUCAAAAGCUCCUACCCAGAUGAAGCAGCUAUGCAAGAAAGCCUCUCGGAAAACAUUUCGGAAGCAUCCUCACAUGACUCCUUCUAUGAUUCACUCUCAGAUUUGAAUGAGGACUCCACCGAUGCCAAUUUCCCAGAACUCUCUGCCUUCCUUAGUCAAGAUGAGAUGAACAAGAGUCUUGACAUUGCACGUGAAGCUUUUUCUGGCUCUAAACAUGAGGAACCAUUCCAAGAACAUUUUGUAAAUCCUCCUCCCUUAAAAUCAUGGGAUGGUUUUAAGGAUCUUAAACCGAGCAACACAGGAUCAGAAGGUUUACGAAAACAGGAUAAUAUAACACGUAACAAUGUACACAAUAGCCAAAAUACUAUUCAUAAUGCUUCCUGCAAAGUUGCUGCUACUGAUGUGCGUAAAAUGAUAUCACCGCUGUUAACAACUAGUCCAAGUAUAAUCCGAACCCUGCAAGCCCAAAAAGCUUCCAAAAACAUGGGGAAAUGUGAGAUAAGUAAAACACCCAUCCCAAAAGCCAGGGCAAAAGCUUUACGUGGGGAAACUGGCACACAGAACAACGACUGCACGAAGGCAGCUACUUUUAUUGAUGAGCUUUCUGCAAUAUUUCGAGAAACUACCAAAGCUAGAAACAAGAGGGCAAAUGGAGAUUCCUCUUCACCAGAUAGUGGUUAUCUGUCUCCUAAAAAAGACAUGUCUAUGAACAUGAGUUCUUCAGUAAGUGAAAACGAAUUUGAAAUUAAGCAGGCAUUAAAACCUAAAGAUAGGCAAUGUAUUAAAGCGAUGGAGAACACUUUUCAGGAAAUUCAGAGCCAAUCCAACCACCCUCAAGAAAAGGUUAUAAAUAGUAGACAAUGUAUUAAAGGGUUGGAGAACAGUUUUGAGGAAAUUCAGAGCCAAUCCAACCAGCCUGAAGAAAAGGUUAUCCAUGGUCCAAAAUAUAUUAGAGAGAUGGGGAACAGUUUUCAGGAAAUUCAGAACCAAUCCAACCAGCCUGAAGAAAAGGUUAUCCACAGUAGACAAUGCAUUAAAGGGUUGGAAAGCAGAUUUCAGGAAAUUCAGAGCCGAUCAAACCUGCCCGAAGAAAAGGUUAUCCAUGGUCCAAAAUAUAUUAGAGAGAUGGGGAACAGUUUUCAGGAAAUUCAGAGCCAACCCAACCUGCCCGACAAAAAGGUUAUCCAUGGUCCACAAUAUAUUAGAGAGAUGGGGAACACUUUUCAGGAAAUUCAAAACCAAUCCAACCUGCCUGAAGAAAAGGUUAUCCAUGGUACACAAUAUAUUGGAGAGAUGGGGAACAUUAUUCAGGAAAUUCAGAGCCAAUCCAACCUGCCUGAAGAAAAUGUUAUCCAAGGAAGACAAUGUAUUAAAGGGAUGGAAAACAGUUUUCAGCAAAUCCAGAGCCAAUCCAACCAGCCUGAAGAAAAGGUUAUCGUCGGUCCAGCCAAUAAAUCAGAUAAUCCUCUUGCAGCUGCUCGAUUUAUUCAGAAGCUCAGAAGCCAAGAAGUUGCUGAGGGAAGUAGAGUCAAACUAGAAUGCAGAGCAACAGGAAAUCCUUUGCCAGAAAUUAGGUGGUUCUGUGAAGGAAAGGAGCUGAGUAACUCGCCCGACAUUCAUAUCUCAUCCAACAGCAACGGUCUCCACACUCUAGUCAUCAGAGAGGCAUUUGAAGAAGACACAGGACGAUAUACUUGUGUGGCGUCCAAUACCCUAGGCUCUGACACAUCGUCAGCAGAAAUAUUUGUUGAAGGUGCCAGCUCAUCAGACUCAGAAAGUGAAAGUUUUGCUUUUAAAUCAAAACAAGGAGCAAUGCCACAGGCACAGAAGAAAACAUCUUCAGUUUCCUUGACAAUAGGCCCAUCUUCCCCAAAAUGUGGAAUAACAACUGCAGUAAUGCAGCCAAUUUCCAUACCUGUUCAGCAGGUCCGAAGUCCUACAUCCUACCUAUACCGCCAAGACAGAUCCAAGACACCCACUUUUUGUGCCCCGGCAUUUACAAAGGAGCUGCAAAACCUGACAGCGUCGGAUGGGCAGGUUGUGGUUCUGGAAUGCAGAGUGAAGGGCACACCCCCUGUAAAGGUCAAAUGGUUCAGACAAGGAAUUGAGAUACAGGAUUCACCUGACUUUAGAAUACUACAGAAAAAACCUCGAUGUGCAUCGGAGCCUGAGGAGAUCUGUACCCUUGUCAUAGCUGAGACUUUUCCAGAAGAUGCGGGCAUUUUCACUUGUACGGCAAGCAAUGAUUACGGAUUGGUUUCUUGCAAUGCUCAGCUAACAGUCCUUUCAGAAAACAAUACGCACACAAGAAAUAAUGUGUCAAGUGAAGAAAUAAGUGGUUACGAUUCCCAGAAGCCGUCACCACUUUCUGCCAUUCCUAACAGUAGUUGUCUUGAAGUGUCAUCCAAGAAGAAUUCUGAGUGUUUUCAGACAAGCCAAACAGACUCAAAGGCCAACAUAGAAAGAAGCCACUUCCAGUUCUAUCCAGUGGAAAACAAUAGUAAUGGCGUGCAUGCUAACAAUGGAGUUAAUGGUGACAGCCAUAAUGUGGACAGCAAAUAUAUUCCUGUCACUUCUCCGUGCACAUAUUCACCAACUAAGGGACCACCACCAGUGCCUACAAAGCCAAAACUGGAUACUCAGUUAAUACAGCAGUUGCAGAACCAGAUUCGUCUAGAGCAAGAAGGUGUUCCUUGCAAACAAGGAAGUGUUCAGCUGAAUACACCACCAUCCCCGUCCUUCCCUCCUCCACCUUCCUUCCAGGAGCUGGAGGCCAGUCAGCUUAUUACUUCCCCAGAGCAAAUGAAUGUCCUUGACUCACAUAAUUCUCCAAUGCAGCCAGCAAGCUCAUUCAACUAUGCCAGGCCUAAACAGUUUAUUGCUGCUCAGAACAUAAGCCCCACCUCAGGCUAUAUGUCUCCAUCGUCUGGUUCCUCAACUUCUAGUCUACCAUCGCCAAUGUCACCUUCAACCCCUCAGAAGCAAUUUGGCAGGCCUCCAGUUCCUCCUUUCACUCAGCCAUUUCCCCAAGAAGGGGAACAGUUUUGGUCUCCAGCUUCAUCAUCUCCUCCUCCUCCCCCUCCUCCUGUUUUAAGUCCAACUGCAAAUUAUUCUGUUGUUGAGGCAUUUCCACUUCCGCCACCUCCACCACCACCACUUCCAGUUUCUGCACUUACACCUUCCUACAGUCCAUCACCUUCGCCAACUGGAAGAGCUCCCAGUUCCAGCCAGAGCCCAGCCGCCUUUAUCAGUUCCAUGCUGCCUCCUCAGCCAUCACCAAUUACUUUCAAUGAACUUGGGCUUCCUAAAGGUGUAAUGCCUCCUGGUUUCCCAAAGAAAUCUGGCCGCACUGCGCGCAUAGCAUCCGAUGAAGAGAUCCAGGGCACAAAAGACGCGGUCAUACAGGACCUGGAGCGAAAGCUUCGUUUCAAAGAGGAGCUUAUGAACAAUGGCCAGCCGAAAUUGACAUAUGAGGAGAAAAUGGCUCGUCGGUUGCUUGGUGCUGACAACGCAGCAACAGUGUUUAACAUCCAGGAACCAGAGGAGGAUGGGAAUGCACAGGAAGUUGACUCUCUUGACGCUUCUGUAGAAAGUCCCCUUGACACUCAAAAGGAGUACAAAGUCUCCAGCUUUGAGCAGAGAUUAAUUAGUGAAAUUGAGUACCGCUUGGAACGAUCCCCUGUAGAAGAGUCUGAUGAAGAAGUAGAACAUGGAGAUGAGCCAGUAGAGAACGGGGAAGCCCCGCAGUUUGAGACAAAGCUGAAACAUUACAAAAUCUUUGAGGGAAUGCCAUCGACUUUUACUUGCAUGGUUACCGGCAAUCCAAAGCCAAAGAUAUAUUGGUUCAAGGAUGGGAAACAAAUCUCAAAAAGGAGCGAGCACUAUAGAAUCCAGAGGGAAGCUGACGGGACCUGCUCCCUUCACACCGCAGCCUCCUCAUUGGAUGAUGAUGGGAAUUACACCAUAAUGGCAGCAAAUCCACAGGGCAGAAUAAGCUGUACUGGAAGGUUGAUGGUACAAGCGGUAAACCAGAGAGGAAGGACUGCCCGCACUCCAACAUCGCAGCUCCAUGUCAGAAGACCCCGAUCUCGGUCAAGAGAUAGUGGAGAUGAAAAUGAGCCAAUCCAAGAGCGAUUUUUCCGUCCUCAUUUCUUGCAGGCUCCAGGGGACCUCAUUGUUCAGGAAGGAAAGCUCUGCAGGAUGGACUGCAAGGUGAGUGGCUUGCCAACGCCAGAUCUCAGCUGGGAAGUGAAUGGAAGACCCAUCCGUCCUGAUAACUCGCACAAAAUGCUGGUGAGGGAGAAUGGCGUUCACUCAUUGGUCAUUGAACCUGUCACCACCAGAGAUGCUGGAAUAUACACCUGUGUUGCCUCAAAUCGUGCAGGGCAGAAUUCAUUCACCUUAGAACUCAUUGUUGCAGCCAAGGAUGCCCAUAAACCCCCUGUGUUUAUUGAAAAGCUUCAAAAUACCGGCGUUGCUGAAGGAUACCCCGUGAGACUGGAGUGCCGUGUCAGUGGCAUGCCCCCUCCACAGAUAUUCUGGAAGAAGGAGAACGAGUCGCUCACCUACAGCACAGAGAGAGUCAGCAUGCAUCAGGAUAACUAUGGCUACUUGUGCCUACUAAUUCAGGGCGCCACAAAGGAGGAUGCUGGUUGGUACACUGUGUCAGCAAAGAACGAAGCUGGUAUUGUGUCCUGUACUGCCAGACUGGACGUACACACCCAAUGGCAUCAACAAUCUCUUGCCCCAAAGACAAGAAAGGUCCGUCCAUCAGCGAGUCGAUACGCAGCACUUUCCGACCAAGGCCUGGACAUCAAAGCGGCUUUCCUGCCUGAAGCAAACCCUGUGUAUUUACAGCCAGCGCUGGUGGAGAGUGAAGAUCUGUAGACUGGACGAGUGGGACCUUUGCAAAGUGGCCACAGAAGGAAUACACUGAAAGCUCCAGCCGUUGCCUGGCUAUACCCCCAUGUAUUUAGUCAGACAGACCUUCCGCUGUACUCAUCAGGACUUGCUCAACUAUUUACUUUUUGCAUAAGCAGACUAGAAAUAGGAUAUAGCAGAAUUCAAGCUGCCACAUUCAUGGCACCAAAGUGUCACUUACUGUUCUGCUUUGUUAUAAAGAAAAAAAAAAAGGGUCUUUUCCUUACUAUGCAUACCCACCUCUGAGAAACAAGCCUUCUUAGUGUAAGCAGUGUUCCAUGCUUAGUGUUAGAGUGCUUCAACACACAACCAGCCUUCCACAUCUUUAUGUGUGCCAAAAAUAUUCAUCCGCUACUUUACAUAAAGUCUGAGGGUAAUGCAUUUUACUUGUGUAUAUAAAUGUUCUUGCAUUGUAGUUGAUAAAUUAGUGCCUUUUUGCAUUCUGCCAUUACAUAAACAGUGAGACUCUCACGUAUACAAAGUCACUGACACAAAUGCUAUUGUCAUCCUAUGGAUAUGAUGGCUGCCAUCCAGCUCCGGGGCCCUUAGAUCGGACAUGAUGGAGGACAGUGCCUUCUGUCACUCUAUGGGUCAUGAAACCAGCAUAUGACAAUUCUGACUCCUUUUAUGUGCAAUACUCUGACAUUUGGAAAGCAAAAAAAAGGCCUAGGAACUUUUCAAAUUUAGUUUGAUUUUUUUUUCUUAAAUGUAGUAUGCAUUUAAUAUAGUUAUAAGUCACAUUAAACAAGAAGCAAUUUGUCGACUUUCAACGAAAGGGAAGUGUGAAAGUUCACAGAAUGGGUAACAAUACACCGGCCUCUUCCCAGGGGGCCUAUAAUCUUCUGGAAAGUGCAGAAUGUGGGGCUAAGACAUGACACCCCCUUGUUUUAAAAUGACGUAACCCAAUAAAGAAGCAUGAAAAGUAAUGAAGUAGUCCCAGGAAUGCACAUGGAUAGUAGGAAGAAAGAGCAGUGGGUACAAAUACAGAAAUAGAAUCCAUAUUUUAUAAAAGGAAAGCUCAAGCAGAGUAGUAGGAUACAAUAGUGUAGAUGCUUCAUGCAAGUGUAUAGAAUGGAUGCGUGGGGAAGGCCAGGCCUCUCCAGUGAACAUUUACAGAAGGGAUAAAGGGAAGUAGGUUUGGCUCCUAUAGGAAAUCUCCAUAAGGUAAAUAUAUCUUACCUUUUUUGUGCUUUCCAUAUGAAAUCAUGAAGUUCUAUGGCAAUUGGCAGAGACGUUAGAAUUGCAUAGACUGGCAGGCCCUGAGACAAGGCGCGGCAUCAUUAGUAUUUUAUUUCAGAUACAAAAUAACGGACUUGACGCCACUUCUGAAACGCUCUGAACUGACACAUUUGCUUGGUCGGUUGCUCAGAACCUCUUAUUUAUUGAGCUGCAGCAUUCCCCCAGCAUUGGGCAGAAAAGAUAAAUAAUAAAAAUAUUGUUCUGUUCAGCCCCUUACAUAUAGCAAAAGGCAAGUGCUCACAAGAGCUUGCAAUCUUCUCUGGUGCUCAGAAUAGCACUCACUUUAAACCAAGCGGUGCAGUCUUGCCUAUACCAUAACCAGAGGCAAAAACCCUCAAACAGUUUCCGAAUGCCUGAAAAAUACAAGCGAAUAAGCCAUUGACGGUACGACAACGAAACCCAGAAAAGGAAAAACACUGUAUUCCGUGUAUGAAGCACCUAUAGCCUCUAUUAUUUAUAAUAAAUAUUGACCUGCUUUAUCUCGGUUACACUACAUAUGUACUUUUUGUUUGUUUCUUUUUAAACCUAUAUCCUUCACUAUAUGCAUUGCUGUAUAGAUAUAUUUUAUUACAUGCAAGUUAGUCGCCUUUAAUGUAGUGCAAUAGUCUAGUAGAAAUAUUGGUGCUAAUUUUAAACAGUUAUUUACCAUGUCUCACAUAUAUAUAUAUAUAUAUAUAUAUAUAUAUAUAAUAUAUAUAUAUAUGUAUAUAUGAACCCCAGAGCUUCCCAGGCCACGUUUGUUAUGUCUUUGUAUUAAUCCAGGGUUGUUGGAUUCAACAGGUCAGAUAUUAAGGCUUUCAGUAACGGGAUAUAAAAUAAGAGCCACCAAGGACCUCUCGGCUGUAGGAAUAGAUUUCGAUUCUUUUAUUGCAAUGACCCUUGGUUUGGAUUUGGACAGCGCUGUUAAGGGGUUAACAAAUCCAGCCAUGAGACCCACAAACAAUAGAUUUCCAGUAUUCCCUUAGAAAGGGCUUCUGCUAGUUCCAUAUUCGCUUUGAUGUCAGUCACUUUAGUGUGACUGUUGGCUUCCUAGUGUCAGUCCCAGAUAUCAGUAUGGAAUAGAAAAUAUAAGAUGACCCUCCUGCACUGACACUUGUUUAUAUUUAAAUAUGUGGGAGCCUCUACUGUAGUGGACCGACUAAUACAAGAGCCACUGCACCACAUUUUACUUUGUCACCACGUAACACAAUAACUGCAGUCAAGGACUAAUAGCAUCACUUUUAGACAAGGCCCGUAGUGCUUUUCUAUCUUACAAAUGCCUCUGUUAAUGUGACUUAUUUAGGUAAUGGUUGAUUUUUUUUUUCACUAGCAUUAUCAUGCUUCCAUUUAUACGUAUUUAUAUUAAGUGCCACCGUCUGUUAGGAGUAAUGUAACAAUUUUGAGACUGUUCAGAGGUUAACAUGAAUGUGUGUUAAAUGCCAUGGACAAAAGAUGAUAGGUUUUUUUUUUGUGGGGAAGGUUUUUAAGACAAUUGCUAUGCAAGGAUUUAAAUAAAGAUUGUUUCUUCAAAACUUUU